UAUUAUAUUUACUGCGAAUCACGUUUUCUUGCUAAAUAAAUGAAAUUUUUCCAAAUUUACCUUGAAACUUGUAAAAACUUGUAGAAAGUUAUUCAUUUCUAAUAUUAUAUUUUAUUUCGAAUACCUUUGUUUAGAAUAAUAAUUGCAGUUAAAAAUGCCCCAACAUCGACGCAAAGUACCUUUCAGCGGGAAAGCGAAGAAGCAGCAGAUGCAGUUAAAGAAGAAUAAACAAGAUAGAACUCUGCUUAUGUCGACAUCAUCAGUAUCCAAUGCAUAUGAUAUGGUGUCAAUGAACUAUCAGCCGAGUAAGGGCCAGAGAGGGAGGGGCGACAGCAACCGGUACGCACUCAAGUUCUACCGGGAAACAGAUGAGGAGAUGAAGAUUAAGAAGGAAGAGGCACUGCAUUCUUUAAACCCCAUUCCGGAGAAGGAGAUGGAGGUGGACCCAUCAGAUUACUUCCCGGCCGACCUCACAUUCCCCAAACGCCCACCAUGGGACUUCAACAUGACCCCUGUACAGUUAGAUUGUCAGGAACAGAGAUAUUUCAAGAAUUACGUGGACAGUAUACAAUCAUCAGAGCACUGGAAGGACGUCUCCUACUUUGAGUUGAACUUGGAGACGUGGCGGCAGCUGUGGAGGGUGCUGGAGAUGUGUGACGUGCUUCUGCUCAUAGUGGACAUCAGAUAUGCUGGUAUGAUGUUCCCUCCAUCACUGUACGAGUAUGUGGUGAAAGAACAGAAGAAGAAUAUGAUCCUGGUACUCAACAAGAUCGACCUGGUCCCAGCCGCUGUGGUGGCAGCCUGGCAGGACUACUUCACCAGAACCUGCCCUGGACUCCACGUGGUGUAUUUCACUUCGUGCCCAGGGUACAACUUGAGAGGUUUCACCAAGGACAAAGCUGGUCUACAAGUACGGCGGAGGAAGGGCCGCCAACGGAUGUGUGCAGAAGGAGCCACCAAGAUCCUGGAAGCAUGCAAGAGUAUAGUUGGCUCUGAAGUGGAUCUCACAUCUUGGGAGAGGAAGAUCAGAGAGGAGUCUGAGCUCGAGCUGGGGGAAGAUGAGCAGACCGAAGUAGGCGAAACAAUACUAGAGAAAGCCGACACGACGUAUUACAAACACGAGAGAUAUAAGAACGGCGUGCUAACAAUAGGCUGCGUGGGCCAGCCCAACGUUGGCAAGUCGUCCCUCAUGAACGCCAUCAUGGGCAAGAAGGUGGUCUCCGUCUCCAAGACCCCAGGCCACACGAAGCACUUCCAAACCAUUUAUUUAACCAAACAGGUUCGCCUCUGCGAUUGUCCAGGGUUAGUGUUCCCAUCGAAGGUGCCACGUCCCGUACAAAUCCUCAUGGGAUCAUAUCCCAUUGCGCAGUUGAGAGAACCAUACACAACUGUUAGGUAUUUGGCGGAAAGGCUAGACUUGCCGAGUUUGUUAAGGAUAGACCACCCCGAGAAUGACGACACGUGGUCCCCGAGGGAUAUUUGUGAUGGAUGGGCCAAGAAGAAAGGAUACCUCACUGCUAAAGCUGCCAGAUUAGACACGUAUCGAGCUGCGAACUCUUUGCUCAGGAUGGCGUUGGAUGGCAAGAUUUGUCUAUGGUUAAGACCGCCGGGCUAUACGGAACAACAAGACACCUACGCGUCCAGUGAAGAGAUAAAAUAUAUAAAAUGGGUGCAAGCACUGACUGAUGACGACGAAUCUGGUCCGAUAUCGUCAGACUCUGAUGACGAGAAGCGAACAGAGUCCCCGUGUGACGACAGCGCGGACUGUGACGAUUCUAGUGACAGCGACGAGCGAGCGGAGACCACAGCGAUAGCCAACAAGUUCAAAUUACUAGUCAGCGACGAUUAAAUUGACAGCAGACUGUCAAUUAUCGCUGCUGUGAAUUAACAAUUGCUAACCGGAAAUUCCGUCAUGGUUGAAAUCAUUGGAGUUAAACUAAAAUUGUGAUAAAUAACUAAAUAGAAAUGUACACAAGUCAGCUACGAAAGCAGUUAAAUAAACGACAGCAUUCUUAGUAAUUAUUAUUUGUUAGACUGAUGAAUUUAUUUAUUGCUUAAUAAAU